AUGACUGGUAACACUGGCUUUCAUCUGUUCUUCCUUUAUUUUUUCGCUAAACUUCUAGGGGGACGCCACUUGAGCUACCAACGCGGCAAGCGCAACACCACCCCAGGCACCAGCUUGAUCCAAAUCGAGGGUGUCAACAACACCGAGGCUGCCAACUUCUACUGCGGAAAGAAGGUUGCUUUCGUUUACCGUGCAUCAAAGGAGGUUAGAGGAUCAAAGAUUAGAGUCAUCUGGGGCAAGAUCGCUAGACCACACGGUAUGAGAGAUUGA